ACUUCCAAGCAAACCAAACCACCAUCAACAUGUUGGAUACAUCAUUGCCUUCCCUAAUUAGCCUCUGAUUGCUCUGGUUUGAAUCCCCCUUUUCUCCACCACUGAUUCUCCGCAUUUCUGCAAAUAAAAGAAAUAUUUUUGUUUGAUAUAUCCCUUUUUUCUAAUUUGAUUUUUGUGUUUGUUGUUGGAAGAUAGUAGCACUCUUUCAAGAUUGGUUAUUUUCCGGUUGGGUUUGCCUGUUUUUUUUGUAUCUGGCUCUCCUCGUUCAAGAUUUGCCGUCUGAACUUUCCGGUGGAUUGUGUUGAAUGAGGAGUGCAUAAAUUGGUGAUUCUGUAAUAUUUUUAACCUCAAUUCUUGGAGAUAUUCUGGCCAAGUGUGGUGGAUUAUCUUGAUCUUGGUAUUGCUUGGAGGUGUACAGUUUGUUGUUAGUUGAAUCUGUUGGAGAUCACUUGCUUCAAACUUUGUGAUAGAGUUGAAACAGGUGCUAAGGUGUUUUUGGGUGGUUAAGUACUCAAAUUUGUUCAACAAUGAAAUUGGGCAUUGAGGUAGAACAAGUGGUGUAAAGCAAUUGGAACUUUUAUUGUGGAUUGUUGAUUGAUCGUUGAAUAAAAGUUUAGGAAAUUAAUGGAGCCUAACCAGGUAGAAGGUGAGGGAGAGGAUGCGGAUAGAGAAUUGCCUCAAAGGAGAAAUAGUAGGGAGAAUAAUUAUCAGUACUCGCGUUAUUCUGGUGCUGUAAGGCAAAAGGCCUACAUAUUUGAUGGGGAAGGGAAUUACUAUGACAAGGAAUGGGACCUUGCGCAAGGUGGAGGCAAAGAAUUCUGUUGGUAUCAUGUCGAGCUCCCGAAAGGGAAUCAAAAGCUGUCACAGUCGGCACAAUACAUCAUUGACGUUCUGUGCCCGCCCCUGAAGCUUCAGGACAUACUUUCGCUCAUUAGCAAUGGGCCAUUUUGCGGGCAUGUAGAUGGUGCUCUUGUAUUCAGAGUUAAUUCACCGGGCCCUGCUUAUAGCAAAUUCACUUUUAGAAUUGCAGCAAGAGUUACUGAGAAUUCAGUUAUCACAGUUUCUUUAGGCCGUAUCCCAAGAUUGGACUUCUCGCCAGCAAACGAAUCCCUACUGUCAGAGAUUCCAGUUGUGGAAAGUUCCAAUUAUAGCAGUACUGAAGACAAGGACAGGGGAGGAAUUGUUAUUAGGGAACAUGUUUUAGAAUUUCUCUUGACUAUGAAUCAUUCAGAGGAAGCUGAUAAUCCCGUGCCUAGAUCCGUUUCCAAUCUCGUGGUUCACAUACUUGAUACACACGUUGAUCACCUCCAAGAUGUUGUGACCAAACUUGAGAUCGAGCUGGACGCUGUAGAGUUUGAGCUGGACAGAGGUGGUUUUGCUUUGAAGAAGCAAAUGUUAGAUGACAGAAAGUUCCCAAGAAUGCAUCUUGACUUGCAGCGCCUAUUGCAGGUGAUUGCACACGGUGAACAAGUAUUCCCUCGAGUUAAGGAGAAGUGUUCAUCAAAAGACUGGUUCGCCCAUGAAGAUAUUAACGCCUUAGAAGAGCUAAUCGGGCGGAUGAGGAGACUAAAGGAGAAUGUAGGGUUCAUAGCUAAUCGCGUCAAAGCAGUUCAGGCUGGGCUGGAUAGUUGGCAGGCCGAGCAAAUAAACAGAAAAUUAUACUAUCUCUCCUUCCUCUCCAUCAUAUUUCUGCCCUUAUCAAUAGUUACUGGAGUUUUUGGGAUGAACGUGGGAGGAGUUCCAUGGACGGGACAACGAGACCCUGAGUUGAAAAAUGGGUUUCGCAACGUGAUGAUGCUCUGUGCGGGCAUGCUUGUGAUUGUUCUCUUGUGCUUCAUUUUCCCAGCUCUUUACAGUCGUGUAAUGUCCUGGCGAAGAAGGCAACUCUUGCUAAGAAGUUUGUCUAUAACUCGGAAAUCCUUCAUUAGGAGAAGUCCGAGUGGUGGAGAAAGAUCCGAGAGAGGAGGAUAUCUUCGGCUUUAGCCUGUACCUAGUAGAAAGGUAGACGGAUCAUCUCACACGUGCAACCAACUGCGGAAAAUCUCAUCGUCGUCCAAGAAAUUCAUUCGAGGCUUCGCUUUAGGACAUAAUUUGUUUGUUCUUUCCAAGUUUAUCAUAGAUCUUUCCUGCUAACUUAUGUGCACUCCAAUUUGUUACUUGCUAAAUCCGAGGUGAUUCUUGCAUGUUUUUUCUUGAAAGCUUGAGUUGCUUGUACAGACAUUUUUUCUUUUCUGAUGAAAUGGGAGCUCUAACAUGAUA